CGUUCCUUUUACAAUUGCGGUGUCACGUUAAGUCUACUUACCACCGCAUCGCCGUGGAAAUUAAUUGGACUAAACUGCAACAUAAAAGUUACGCAUAUUAAUUUAUUUAUUCCUAAGUAUUAAGUGCUCAAACAUAACUUGGUCACGCCAUGGGAAGUAAAAGCGUUGCUUUCCUCAUCAUUUGGAUGUAUUUGGCGAGGAUUUCCACGGGUUUUGUAGCUACAGCUGAGCCAGCAACCACUGAAAAUACUUUCAGUAACAUCACUGCAAACUCUACAGACAGGAUGGAUGACUUCAGUGACAUUGAAUCCAGAUUUGCUCUAAGAAGCAACAAUGAACCCGAUGAUGAUUUGUGUUACAUAAUUCCUGGACAGCCGCAAACCAUUGUAGAGUGUAAUUUCAAUCCUGACACCAAGACUUUCAUAGUGAUUCAUGGAUGGACGGUCACCGGAAUGUACGAAAGCUGGGUAUCCAAACUGGUGACAGCGCUGUAUGAAAGGGAGCCAUCAGCUAAUGUCCUUGUAGUUGACUGGCUUGUACGAGCCCAGCAGCACUACCCGACAUCAGCGGCCUACACCAAACUCGUGGGGAGGGACGUGGCGAAGUUUGUCAACUGGUUACAGGCUGAACUUGAGUACCCAUGGGAGAAGCUGCAUCUCCUAGGCUACAGCCUGGGUGCACAUGUAGCAGGCAUUGCAGGACUCCUUACUAAAGACAAAGUCAACAGGAUCACAGGCUUGGACCCGGCUGGACCGAGCUUCGAGUAUGCAGACGCCCAAAGUACGCUGUCCCCUGAUGACGCCCUGUUUGUGGAUGUGCUCCACACCAACACUCGCGGCUCCCCAGACCGUAGCAUUGGGAUCCAGAGGCCCGUGGGCCACAUCGACUUCUACCCCAACGGAGGAACCUUUCAGCCUGGAUGUGAUCUGCAGAACACCAUGAUGAUGGUAGCCACCACAGGCUUGAGAAACAUGGAUCAGAUUGUGAAGUGCUCCCAUGAGCGCUCCAUCCACCUCUUCAUCGACUCGCUGAUCAAUUCGGAGCAGGAGAGCAUGGGCUACCGCUGCAGCUCCAAGGAGACCUUCAACAAGGGUGUCUGCCUGAGCUGCCGCAAAAACCGCUGCAACAAGGUGGGCUACGGUGUGAACAAGGUGCGCAGCCGCAGGAGCAGCAGGAUGUACAUGAAGACCAGGGACAUGAUGCCUUUCAAAGUUUUCCAUUACCAAGUAAAAGUCCAUUUCUUUGGCAAGACCAAGAUAAGCUACAAUGACCAACCCAUGAAGAUUUCCCUAUAUGGCUACUCUGGAGAGAAGGAAAAUAUUCCCUAUGUCAUGCCGUCUCUGAACACCAACACCACUGUGUCCUUUCUGCUGACCACGGAUGUGGACAUUGGGGAACUGCUGAUGGUGAAGCUGGUUUGGGAGAAGGACAUGCUCAUCAGCUGGCCAUGGUGGAGCGCAGACACUCUCCACAUCCGCAAACUACGCAUUAAGUCUGGGGAAACCCAGUCCAGAGUGAUCUUUGUGGCCAAAGACGGUGAGUUCUCCUACCUCACCCGUGGAGGAGAUGCAGCAGUGUUUGUGAAAGACAAAGAGGCCCAGUCAAGCCACAAAAGUGAAAGAUUACACAAGCUGAGGAUGCAAGGCAGCUCCUUUACAAAGAGCUCCAAGGAGUGAUUCAGUUUCUCUGGAACCCGAGAGGAAGUUGCUGGGAACUAGACCAGUAGAGACUGCCAGUUUCAGUAUGUUCUGAUUCCAAAGGGGGUCACUAAAUAGUAGCAAUCAUCUCUCCAGAAAACCCCUUGUCUGCAAGUAUGACCUGCAAGGACCUGUACGCUUAAUAAGUUCUAACUGCCGAGCAGUUUGAACCGAGAAGCCACUUCUAACACCACUCAGUAUUUUAUUUUCUCAAAAUUCAGUGACUGAUCAGAAGUCACUGGAGCAUAGUGCAUAGAAUCGGAACGAUCUGGAAAAUACUAACAUCUCUUUCGCAAGUCUUGCCCCUAAUGCCAACACUCUGAUUUUAAUGGCUGAAUCACAUGAGACAGAAAAGAAGGAUUCGAUCCUGAUCACUUCUCAUUGGCUAUGAAAUAUUAUUUUUUCAAAUGAAAGAUAGAAGUCUUUUAUUUUUAUGCAAUAUUUACAUGUACUUAUAUGUAAGUAAACUGUUACACUGUUAUAACUGUAGUGAAUUUCUGUCUGCUUUGGUCAAGCCAAGGCACAUUUAAAUAAACCGUGUGCUAUAUGCGCGAGAGGGAAAGUGAGUGUCCCGCUGAGCUGUACUUAGCUGACAGGGAUUUUGUGAUUCGUCAUAGUUGUAUCGUGACCCCUGCAAGGUGUCCGACAAGCUCUGUGGUGAGGCCCUCUACUUUCAGCCAAUGCAUCUCCACUGAUAAAUAAUUCACUACAUCUGAUGACUUACUUGGCUACAAAGCUGUAAGAUGUCAAAUGCCGAGUGUUCUCCAGGCACCCUGACGCACUUGACAUUGCUGUAUGAAGGCAGUUUGUAAUGCUGUGAUGGCAGGCUUUGCAAAUAGUGGUCAUAUUGAGGUAUUUAGGGGGUAAGACCCACUGCUGUAUUGGGGGCUGGUUACGAGUACAAUGAAAGAAAAACAGAAUUUACACUAAACAUGGCAUAUUCAAGUUUCGAUCUAGUUUUUUUUUUUUUUCUGAGCAGGUUUCUGUUUCAGAAACUGGAACACCUUACAACUAGAUAUUUUUUAUUGUGCCGUUAGUUUCACUGAGAAAUAGUCUAAGUGUACUACCAAACAGUUCCACUAAAACCUAUAUGUUAAUUAACACUUUAGUAGCUAGUUCGAAUCUUCCCAGGGACAGUUGCAGCUCUGUUUGUUGAUGGUGCAAGUCUGUUUCUCCUGUAGAAGGAUAGUUGUCUGAUUUUUGCUACAGUUUUAAAAAUGGAAUCACAAAGGAUUGAUUGCUAACUACCAAAUUACAUGACCAAAUACUUUCUCAACUAAAUUUACAUAUGGAAAUUAUGCAUGUAAAUAUUUUUACUUGGUUUAUAUCUUGAAAUUUACACUUUUUUAUUUUACAUUUGGUUGUUGUCUUUUGCACCGAUCACUUUAUUGGUUUAACCCCCUUUGAUGAAUUCAGCGCUUAAAGCUAUUUGUUAAGGAGUUCAUCAUUUUGAUAUUUUAUUUUUCAAGUACAGCAGACAAAAUUGCUCGAGGUUUUGACUGAUUCUGUUUUAAACAAUGGAAUUUUGUGAAUUCACGGACUAAAGUAUGACAUUGAGUGCUGGGCCUUUAGUCUAAUCUUUUACUGUUGCUUUAAAAGAUAAACUAUGAAACAAUAAGGGUAUUAUUGGUAUUGUAUUCAUGUCAAAGACAGAUUAAACUCUUCAGAGAUAUGUUUAUAGUUUUUAAUGAUACAUCCAGGGCUUGGUUGGUUUAUCUUUUUGUUAAAGUAGCCAAGAGAACUUUUUUUGAGGAAAGACUAGAAAUAUACAUGCUCUCCAAUCCCUUAUAGAAAUCCCCUUCAGGAAUGACUGUCCCACAUAAGGACCAUAAAUACAAAAAAAAUAUUUAUUGAUUGUGUAUAUUUGUACAUUAGGCUUGUAUUAUGCCAUGCUUGUCUCAUCCUCUUUACAAGUGACAUACAUAUCUUUAUUUUUAGAAACAAAUGAGUAUGAUUGAUACACUCUGCUUGGAGGAAUCAAUCUCAUUAUUCUUUGCAUCACCUUCAUUAGAUUAAUACGCAAUGCACUGUAUAAAUAUUUAUACUUUAUUAAACAGAGGAUAUUACAUAUCAA